AAGUGUAGUGAGUGAAACACCCAAGAAACAUGUCCCGGCCUGGCUCCGGUUCGUAUUGGUCGUGGUUCCACUAUUGCUAUCAGCCCUUGUUCUUCUGUGGGUCCCACCUUCUCCGUCACCGCUAUCUCCGUCGCCAAUACCACCGCCCACGCCACAUACCAAUGGAAGUUUAACCAUAGACAUCCCUGAUCCACAGAAGGUUCCAGAAGAUGCUACAGAGAUUGAUGGUAACCUGAUACCACAUGGUCCUGAUGUUGUCAAGACGAUAGACCUAUCUGGCCGUCUCCGUCAACUAUAGUAAACAAAGGAGGCUUGGUACACUUCUACUGGGUCAAAUAUCUCCCAAGUAGCAGGGUCCUUUAUGUCAUAUCGUUGCUGUUACUUGCCGCUUUGGCUCUGUGCUGGCCUUCCAUGACCCGGACCAAGGGAACAGAACCGGAAGGUAAGGCAGAUUUGCCAAGUGAGACGCACAAAAAAAUUGGUGAAGAUCAAGAUUCUACGACUAAACCAGACGAAAAAGAGGUUCUUGGAGAUAAAGAAGGUGUUCCUUCGCUGAUUGGUGGUCAGUCUACUCCAGGCAACAAAACAAAUGGUUCAGAGAGAGCGAAAGAGAUCCCUCCUCCCCCUAUGGCCCCUCAACCUACAACAUUAGCCAAAACUCUAAGCAUUUUGAGGCAACAUAUAGUGGUUCCGGUUCACAAUGUCUUACGAACAGAACUAGAUAUCUUGAAGAGUAUUGUGUACGGUGGUCUAAUCGAGUCCGUCACAAGCUUUGGUGUUGUAUCCUCCGCUGCUGCUUCCGGAACUUCGACUCUCAACGUUAUGGCCUUGGGGGUAGCCAAUUUAUUCAGUGGCCUAUUUCUCAUUAUUUACAACGUAAGUUGUUUUGUUCCCUCUCCUUCUCCAGAAAAAGAGAAUAUUAGUUUGUUUUUCUCUAAUGUUUGUCAAUAAAAGUUUCAUUCAAGUUUGAUUUUUAACCAAAAGAGGAUCUAUUUUGGCAGCUAUAUGGACUUGUAAUGUCUGAACGCUUCUUUCCACAUGCGAACAUUGAUAAUGCGACGGAUAUGAAGGAUAAAAUAGAUCCAUACGAGCAACUGCUUGGAAACAGAGACAAUGUCGUACUCCAUUGCAUCGUUGUCGUGGUCUCCUUCAUCUUCUUCGGUGUGAUCCCUCCUCUCUUCUAUGGCUUCUCUUUCAAAACAACAGACAAUAGGUACUACGAAGCUUCGGUUUUCGUUGCCGCGUCUCUGCUCUGCGUCAUCACUCUCUCCUUUGGCAAAGCUCACGCUUUCAAGAAGGAUAAACUCAAGACUGUGGCUGUAUACACUGGAACAGCGAUUGGGGCGUCUGCGUUUUCUUGCAUUGCAAGUCAGCACGUUAGAGGUCUGCUUGAGAAGUAUGAGUUUCAUAAGAUUGCGUCUGAGUUCGCAAAGAAGUGAUUUCAAGAUUGCAGAAGAGAGAGUUUUUCAAAGCUACUAAAAUGAGUUAUCCAUGUUUUACUUUUGUUCCAAGUCUUUAAUGUUCGUUUCUUCUACUUGACGAACUUGUUUUGUUUCUCUGUAAGCUAAAUGUUCUGUUUUUUAUCAAUAAGAAUCAG